CGCCCUGCGGCUCUUCCUCGCGUCGCUGCUGCAGUGAAACCCACGGAAACGGACGGAAAACAGGUUACCGACAAAAAACAGCCUUUUUUUCUGCACAAAACCACAAGACCGAGAGCAGGAUUCUCCUUUUAUAUCUGUGCUGUCAUUUAUUGCUGUUCAUUUCCGAGGGGGGAUUCCGUCGCACAGGCAGCAAAAUGGGAAAUGAGGCAAGUUAUCCCCUGGAAAUGUGCUCACAUUUCGAUGCUGAUGAGAUUAAACGGCUGGGAAAGAGGUUUAAGAAACUCGACCUGGAUAAUUCAGGAUCUCUGAGUGUGGAGGAGUUCAUGUCCUUGCCCGAGUUACAGCAGAAUCCGCUGGUGCAGAGAGUCAUCGACAUAUUCGACACCGACGGAAACGGAGAGGUGGAUUUCAAAGAAUUCAUCGAAGGCGUCUCUCAGUUCAGUGUGAAGGGUGAUAAAGAGAUGAAGCUGCGCUUCGCCUUCAGGAUCUACGACAUGGACAAAGACGGCUAUAUCUCCAACGGCGAGCUGUUCCAGGUGCUGAAGAUGAUGGUGGGAAACAACCUGAAGGACACGCAACUGCAGCAGAUCGUGGAUAAAACCAUCAUCAACGCAGACAAAGACGGAGACGGGAGAAUAUCCUUCGAGGAGUUCUGCGCUGUUGUUGGAGGUCUGGAUAUACACAAGAAGAUGGUUGUGGACGUGUGAUGGAGUCGGUCUCCAUCUGAUCCGCUUUCCUCUCUGGGUAUCCAGCGAAUGCUCUCUGUGUGUUUCAAUGGAAGUAUUUAAGCCACUUUUGUCAACUAGAAGCCAGUGUGUGUGUGAGUAUGCGUGCGUGUGUGUGUGUGUGUGUGCGUGUGUGUUAUUGAGCUGCUCAAUAACCUGCUGGCGGACACUGAACGAGCAUCUCAGCUGAAGAGGAAACCAUAUUUAUUUAGUUUUAUUUUUUAACGCUUUUGUUUUGUUUUUUUACAAUUAAUUUAAUCUUUUGAAGACGAAGAAGAAAUAUUAAGUAUGAUAUCUAUAAGUAUAUAUAAGGUAUGACGUGUGCCAAGCAGAACAUACAGAACAAACACACAAACAAAAAGCUUCUCUUCAACUGCAUGACGAAAGCGAGCGUCUGUCUGUUUGACUUUGUGAUAUACACUAUUUCUAUUAUUCUAGCAUCUAACCAUGUUUAAUACCUGUUCUUUUGUAUUAAUGGUGAUCAUGUAUAAAUGUUUAUAUUGAAAGUGCAUCUUCUGUCAUUGAGACGGUGUUGUAGAAUGUUAAUUAACAAGACAAUAAUUCGGUUUACGCUUCACGUUAAUCCCAGAUGCAGCAGCCGACGCUUGUAUUUGUAAUUGGUUCUAAUGCAUGUGUGAAUGUCAAAGCAAAUCAGUGCGGAAAGAUGCAAGGUUGCUUGAUUUUAACUAUUUAGCAGGGGAACAACCGUAUAUGGUAACUUGGCUGUGUUUCCAUCCUAAGAUGCGAAUUAGAACUGUAAUAUUGCAUUAAGCAUUUGAGGAUGAAGCAGCGUUUCCACUCCAAAUGUAGUUUGAUGCACUGUUAGGAUUCGCCACUGUGGUGUUUGUUCUCUAAUGAAUGAGCUGCACCUCAGAAGACGAAAGGCAAUGAACGCGGUGGCUUUUGGAGGUGUGAGAUGGGAGGGCAGACAGAUGCUCAAGACAGUUCUGGAGGGAAUAAUAAUAAGAAUAAUACUGAAAUACUGUGAUGAUGGACUGACGGAGGACUGAGGCCUUUUACAGUCAACACAACAACAUUUCACAUCUGCAACAAUAAAGAGCUGCAAACCAACAUUAAUGAAGCAAAGACCCUCACACACAUUAAUAUCUGUCAAAUCAUCUGGCAGAAUCGAAAUGCUAAACUUUAUUCACUAAAUGUAUUUACAUCAUAGUUUAUGCACAUUUUUCUUAUCGGAAUAAAAGUUAAUCCUACACAAAUGUGCACAUAUGUUUAUUUAUGCGCAUCUUUGAGUGUUUUUUGAUGCGAUAUUUAAAUAUGCGCAUGAAAAUAGCCGGAUGAAAUCAUAGUUACUGAUUGAAAUAUGAUUUUAAAAAGCCAAAGUCAUGAAAGUUAAAGUCUUGUGAUUAUCCCGUGUAGCACUCCAGGGUUUUUCCAGUGAGUUUUGUGUUAAUUUCUCAUGUUAAAGUAAAGUAUUGCAUGAGAAAUGCCAAAUUUUCAAUAAAAUUCACACACAAAAAAAUUAUGCUUGCUUAACUUGGUUAAAAAAAGGUUCAUGUCAACACAUUUAAUUAAUAAACUCAUGACUUGACUGAAUUAUGCUUGCAUUGUUUACUGUUGGUUGCUAGACUACCAAUACAACAGUUAGCCACUCUUAACUUGUUGGAAACGCAGGUAACACGCAUUUGGGAUUAUUGUUUUUGCAAACUUUAAUAAGAUUUGCUUCACUUUAGGAUGGAAACCCAGCUAUUGAUUACCGUAUAAAAUAUUAAUGUAGAAUUGAGCGUUUUAGUGACACCGGUGGCCGUUCUGUGAACUGCAGCAGCAUCUUAUUGUUCGCAAUUAGUUGGAAAAUUGCUUGCUUGAGGUGGUGUUUGGAUUUAAAAAAGGUUAAUGCGAUCACAUUUGAUGAAUAAACUCGUGAUGUGACUAUAUUAUGCUUGCCUUGUUUAUUGUUGGUUGCUAGGUUACCAAUACUACAGUCAUCCACUCUAACAGCUUGAUGGAAACGCAUGUAAUUUGGCAUUAUUGUUUUAGCGAACUUUAAAAAGAUUUGCUUUACUUUUAGGAUGGAAACCCAGCUAUUGUUUACCGUAUAAAAUAUUAAUGUGUAAUUCAGAAUGUUUUUAGUGACACCGGUGGCCGUUCUGAGAACUGCAGCAGCAUCUUAUUGCUCAAUUACAGAUGGAAAAUUACCUGCUUGAGGUGGUGUUUGGACUUGGUUAAAAAAAGGUUAAUGCGAUCACAUCUGAUGAAUAAACUUGUGACGUGACUACAUUACGCUUUCCUUGUUUACUGUUGGUUGCUAGGUUACCAAUACUAUAGUUAUCCGCUCUAACAACUUGUUGAAAACGCAGGUAAUACGCAUUUGUGAUUAUUGUUUUUGCGAACUUUAAAUAGAUUUGCUUAAUUUUAGGAUGGAAGCCCAGCUAUUGACUACUAUAUAAAGGAUUAAUGUAGAAUUCAGAAUGUUUUAGUGACACCGGUGGCUGUUCUGUGAACUGCAGCAGCAUUUUAUUGCUCGCAAUUAAAGAUGGAAAAUUACUAGUAAAUUACCGUAGAGAUCAUGUGUGAACAGGCCCUUUAAAAAGUAAAUACAGCAAUUUUACAGAAAAUUUGUUACAGCUAUUUUCCGAAAUGUAAAGUAAAUUGAUGAAAUUUUUCGCAUGUUUUAAAAUUGGAAUAUAUUCGGUAACUCUUUAAUGAUAAUAAUAAUAAUAAUAAAUGUUCCAUUAGUUGAUUUUAGUUUAAGAAUACUGAACAAUACAUUUAUUACAGUAUCUACUCAUCUUUGUUAACGUUAAUGAAAAUGCUUAGUUAACCCAGUUGUUAAAUAGUAGUUAAUUAACCCACAGUGCAUUAAAUCAUGCUAACAAGCACAAUUGGAUUUUAUGAACACAUUAGUAAAUGUUGAACUAUGAUUAAUUAAUGCUAUGCUAGUAUUGUUCAUGUUAGUAAAUAAAUGCAUUAACUAACGGAACCCUAUAACCAUGUAUUAUAAUAUUUGGCAACCAAAUUCAACAAAUUAUAACUGAACCCCUAACAAACCUGUAUUUGCUCCAACGUUGAUCUUAAAGUAAUCUUGUGAUCUUUCUUUCAGCUGAAAAUGGUUUGCUUUGACAUUUAAUGUGUGUGAAGUAUCUAAACAGAUAUCCUUUAUAUUCAUGGUUACAUCUCCGUCUUUUGUAUAGUCAAGUAUAACAGCAGCAGAUACUCUUGUGCUUUAAUAACCAUACGUAUUACAGUUUAUUCAAUGCACACGAGCUUUAAAAAUUGCAAAAAUGGGUUCAGUCGAAUGUUCUUCAACAAGACUAGAGCUUAAAGUCAAGAAUGCAUUUACUCUGAAUGUUUACAUGCAUGACUGGAGCAUUUUUAACCAAAUCUAGCCCCUCUUUAACCCAGUUAUUCUGGCUUCUGCUGUGCUUGCUUUAACUUCUGCAUGUUCACUAGUUUCACCUCUACUAGUUGUGAAAUUUAUAUCUGACAUCAAAAGAACCACAAAAUGCAUUACACGUGUUGCCAAAUUGCAUUGUUCGAUUGAGAGGCCUGUACCAUGAUGGAGGCUCAACAAACUCAGGAUUACAGGAUCAGUUAUUUUAGUUGACAAACGCAAACCAGUAGAGUCAGGCUUUGUUGUUACCCUGAUGAUGCAUUACAGAGCAUUAACUUUAACUCAGGCUUUGAUCCCGAGUUCGUGAAGGCGGGUCAUCCGUAGCUAACAGCCAAUCACAGACCUCAAAACAUAAAGAUGCUGUAAUUGAGUUUAUUUAGAGAGUCUGCUCCAUUCAUAGGCUAAGAUAUUUUAAAAAAUGCUAAUUAAUGAAGUUAGUGUGUAUAGUUGAUAAUGCGUACUGUAUUAGUUUACAGAGACUCAGUUUAAGCUCAUAUGUAAAUUAUUAAAGCUUAAGCUUUUUUUAAGCUCAUGAAUUAAAAAUAAAGCUUUAAAUUUCAGGUGCGUAUCUGUAAAUUUAUAUACAAUUAGACUGAUACUUUUUUUUAUUAAACUAUAAAUGCUUGUGUAAUGGAUUAAGGAUUAAAUCUAUAAUUAAAAUAAAUAAUCUUUGCUAAUAUUCAAACAAUUUCAUCUUUAUUUCACUAUUUAGUGACUUUUAAUUUGGCACAAGAGAAACUAAAGGCGUGUAUUUAUUGUCACUUUGCUCACAGCUUAUUGGUGGAAUAUUGAAUUGUGAUCGAUAAACCAGAUCUCUUAAUUAAACCAUAGCCAGAACUUAUCCUGAACAUAGCCAGAACUUGACCUGAACAUAACCAGAACUUAUGCUGAACAUAACGAGAAUUUAUCCUGAGCCUAGCAUGAACUUUACCUGAACACAGCCAGAACUCAAUCUGACCAGAGCCAGAGUUUAUCUGAGCAUAGCCUGAACUUAUUCUGAACAUAGCAAGAACUUGACCUGAACAUAGCCAGAACAUAACCAUAACAUAGCGAGAAUUUAUCCUGAGUAUAGCGUGAACUUAACCUGAACACAGCCAGAAUUUAUCCUGAGCAUAGCCUGAACUUAUUCUGAACAUAGCCAGAACUUAUCCUGAACAUAACACCUAGAGCAGGUUAGCCAUGCAGCGCAACUUACCAUGGCAACAAAGAGCAAUUAAAGUCAAAAUACAUUUGUGGUACCUGAAAACCAGGAAUUUCUGUAAACUUAUCUGGCUAACCAUAAAAUCCGGCUUCAUGGUACAGGCCCUGAUCACAUCAUCUCCCCCUCUUGUUUUGUAAAUACAAUUUCUUGAAGCUUUCUAAAGGUUUUCUGCAGCCUCUGGUGAAUGAAUAGGGUUUCUCAUACAUAUAAAGGCACAUAAAUGUGUGAGUUAUGGGAUGUUUUUUUGUUUUCUGCAUGCUGCAUCAGAUUAACUGCUAUGGGAUUUAUGGACUACCUGAUACUGUAUGAAACAAUAAAGAUUUAAAACUUGACAUUGCA